AUGGAACCGGAGAAAGCUGACAAUUCCUUAAUGAACUUGCCAUUGUGCUAUGAGCGGAAGCCUCAAUUCGUUUUCAAGUGCGUCCUUGCAGACAAUUCAUUUUCCCCAUUUGAACACUUGAACGUGCCUUCCUCUACAGAGAACUGUCAUCCCUUUCGCAAGGAGAUUGGUGCCUUGAUCGAUAAUCCUCCGGAACAUAGUUUUUGGACAUCAUUCACCAAAGAGGACACUUCAAAGGACUGCAUGUGGGUCGAUUCUAGUUUGCAGUUGAGGGAACUAGCAAACAAGUUGGCAGAACAAAACGUUUUUGCUGUUGACACGGAGCAACACAAUUUACGAUCGUAUUUGGGUUUUACUGCACUUAUGCAGAUUUCUACACGAGAAGAGGAUUACUUAGUGGACACGGUUGCACUUCACGAUGAAAUGGCCCUUCUUCGUCCUAUUUUCAGUAAUCCAAGGAUUUGCAAGGCAUGUUUGUUAUUGGAAAAGCCUCAAAAAUCACUCGAGGGUUUGCUACAAACUAUUUGUAAUGUAGACACGGACAAGACAUUACGGACUCGUGACUGGACAGAGCGACCACUCCCACCAACGAUGUUGCGAUAUGCAAGAACCGAUACGCAAUAUUUGCUUUGGAUUGCAGAUGUUUUGACUGCCGAGCUCAAAGAAGUUAAAAAGUAUGACGAAUCUAUUAGGCGGUCCAACAAAGUGUGCUUAACACUAUAUGCCAAAGGACAAGAAGAUUUCAAAUUAGCUAAUCGGGAACAAUAUGAUUGUCGUGAACGUGCUUGGAAACUUUGUAUAUGGAGAGAUCUGAUGGCACGGAUUCACGAUGAAAGCAGAGAAUUUGUGUUAUCUAAUGAGGUUAUGCUUAAAUUUGCUCGGAAAGUUCCAACCAUAUACGAUGUGUUUAAAUCAACCGAUGAUGCUGAUCAACGAAGAGGGCGGAAAAUUGAUGGGGUGUCGGCAAUUUUCCUGUGUCAUCAUGACGAUUACUUCAACCAGAUCAUAAGUGACAAAAUUAUUCCUUUUUCCCCUCUCGUGAAAAAAAGUGGAAAACAAACUUCAAAGGUAUCACAGAUACCUAUACGCAAGCCUGACGUUGCUGUGUACGAGAGUGACGGAACGUUGAAGUUUUGGUGUAACCAUGGAAAAGGGCAGUGGUAUCUGAAGAUGGGGCUUGCAGAACAGACUCAAAUUCAUGGAGAAUAUGCUUUACAGUUGAAGACUGAAACUUUGGGUGGUCCUGAAAAGGUUGAGAAGAAAAAGGAUUUGUGUAAUAGUUGCGGCAAAGAAGGGAUCGAAUUGAAUCGUCACCGGAUAGUACCACCAUCAUACCGGAAAUAUUUCACAGAGACACUUAAUUAA